AUGCUACAGCAAAGGCCUCUUUCUCGGGUGGUCGGCGCUCGCAAGCCCACUGGUCUUGUGAGUUUGCCAACGCGGAUUCAAGUCGCUAACCGCCACGUGGAGGCCUUUGCAGCUGAGAAGAAAGUUAGCCUGCCCGCUGACAUGCUGGAGGUGGCCAAGAAGUACGGCCUGCGCUCGUCGGUUCUCAAAGCCUUCGUGGCGGCACAAGGCUUCCUCCUGAGCGGCCUCGUCUGCCGAACAAUGCCAUACUUCCGCGACCGCAUUCUCGCGGACCCACUGUUCCUCUUUAAGGUUGGAGCGGAGGUGGUCAUCGACUCAGGCUGUGCCACUGUGGCCGAGGUCCGCAAGCGCGGCAACCAGUUCUGGUCGGAGUUCGAGUUCUACCUGUCUGACUUGCUGGUGGGCCUUGUGCUGGAUGUCGUCCUGGUGUCGUUGAUGGCACCUGCGGCGGUACUUGGAGGAGUCAGCCGUGCGGCCAUGACGUCUUCACCUUUUAAGAAGUGGCUGGCCACCAUCCCCUCUGCUGUGUUUGAGGCCUCCGUGCCUGGGGUCAAGACCUACAGUCUGGCUCAACGCGUUGCCUGUAUGGGUGUGAAGUUUUUGGAGUACAGCUUGGCCGGUAUAUGCUGCGGCCUUAUCGGGCAGGCUGUGGCCAAUUCCCUGAUGAUGCUCAGGCGCCAUGUGCACGGCAGCAAGAAGGAUGAUGUGGCGGUGCCGCCGCUAUUUAAGACCGCGCUGGUGUGGGGACUGUUCAUGGGCGUGUCGUCCAACACACGUUACCAGAUCGUGUUCGGUUUGGAGCGGUUGGUGGAUAUGACCAUCGCACGCAGCGUGCCUCAGGUGGCAUACGGCACCACCGUAGCUAUUCGCUUCGUCAACAAUGUUAUUGGUGGCGAGAACUUCAUCGACAUGGCACGAUGGGCAGGAGUGCAAUAAUGCAGCACAGUUAUGUCGGCUUGUCGGCAGGGCUGACCCUCGCGCUUUUUCUAUUGAAAAGGCUAGCUCUCAAGUAGAGCUGACUCGUGCAUUUUAAUUUCGGGUUUUACAGUUGUUGUUAUUACAGUGGGCGGGCCAUCAAGUUUCUGUACCGUAUUACAGUGUUAUGGGAUGAAACAUAUGGAGCUUGUGGCAUGUUGAGGGGCUGCAUAAACGAUAAGGCUGCGCUUACGGCUGUGGGCGCGUGCACGCGCGCCUGUGUUCUUUAUCGUGAUGAGCGGCAAAAACCUUAGAAGCCGAGCUAACUUGCCAUGACGAAGGGCUCUCCUUAGCCGUGGUAGAAGUGCGACAUUCAAUUUUUAUUGCUGUGCGGUUAUCUUGAUUCGAAGUAAUGACUUGACAGUCGGACCUCGGUUGAUGUUCUACCAGGAGGAGGGGACGGACUGUGUCCGCUUGCUUCGAGAGCAGGCCAUGGCAUGCCACUUGGCCGCACCACUUUCUUGAUUACAAUAUGUUGAUGACUUGACGUUCGAGU